CAAUCGCUAGCCUCCUGUUCCGGCGACGUUUGAUCGGAAAAAUCAGCACAGUGACUCCCAUAUAAACUCUUGCACACUUUCCUCGUUUUGCAAUGGAGAAAGGACCUCCUCCUCCUCCUCCUAGCAUCUUUGUGAAUGAUGGGUCUUUCAUGGAAAGAUUCAGACAGCUUCAACAGGAGAAAGAUAAAGUAGACAAGGAUAAAGUUGUCCAUGUUGAGGAAUCCAAAAAGCCUGUGGAGAUUAUAUCAGGGGUUUCAAAUCCCAAGCCUUCUUCUGUUAAUAAAAGUUCCAUUGGGUUUAGGACCAGUGAUGCCCAAAAGAAAAGUGGUAAGCUUGCUUUCAGCUUGAAACAAAAGUCUAAGCUUCUUCCACCUCCUGUAUUGCUUGGUGAAGAAGAGGAUGAAGGGGAUGCGGAAAAGGGUCAAGGCUUUGGAUCUUCUAAGCGUCAAAAGUUUGAGCAGGGUGACAUUCGUGUAAAGUCAACGAAACUAUCAGAUGUUGUUGCACCUCCUUCGCCCAGUGAUCCUACUGUGAAGAAUGCUGCUGAUAAACUAGCAAGCUUUGUUGCUAAGAGUGGAAGGUCAUUUGAGCAUACUGCUCGGCAAAAGAAUCCUGGGGACACACCAUUUAAAUUUCUUUUUGACGAGAGCUGUGCGGACUACAAGUACUAUCUAUUCAGGCUUUCCGAAGAGGAAAAGGCUAUUUCACAAACUAAGGAAUCUGGUGUACUUCACAGUGGUGAGGCUGGUCUACGGAAGUCCACAACAGCAAUCACUUCGCAAAAGCCAGCUCAACAACAAAGAGGCUAUCACAUCCCUGCUUCAGCUCUCUAUGAUGCUCCUGAGGAAUCCAAAUUUUACUCUAGAUCUGCUCAGGCAUCAAGUAGCGACCCCUAUGGUGCGCCUAGGGCUGCAGACCCUGUUUCAAUGAUGGAGUUUUACAUGAAGAAGGCUGCCCAAGAAGAGAAGAUGAGACGUCCUAGGCAGUCAAAUGACGAGAUGCCCCCGCCAGCUUCUCUUCAAGGCCCAUCUGCAACUCCCUCCACAGACCCUGGUCAGAGAGGUCAUCAUAUGGGUGAUUAUAUUCCACCAGAGGAGCUAAAUAAGUUCCUUGCAAAGUGUGACGAUGUGGCUGCACAAAAAGCCACAAAGGAGGCCGCUGAGAAGGCUAAGAUCCAAGCAGAUAAUGUCGGACAUAAGCUCUUAUCAAAAAUGGGCUGGAAAGAAGGUGAAGGUAUAGGAAGCUCCAGAAAGGGUAUGGCAGACCCUUUAAUGGCAGGCGAUGUAAAGACUAACAACCUCGGAGUUGGGGCUUCUGCACCAGGAGAGGUUAACCCUGAGGAUGAUAUAUACGAGCAGUACAAGAAGCGAAUGAUGCUCGGUUACAAACACAGACCCAAUCCACUGGGAAAUCCCCGGAAGGCUUAUUACUAAGAAUCUAUCAACGUGCUGCAUGAAGUCACGAGGUAUCGCUCACCCCACACAGCCCCAGAUGAUGUUUGCUUUUCUAUUAAUAAUAAUAUUUCAAGUGUUCGUAUGGAUUGGAUUGUUUUCUUCCCUCUAUAAGAAGAUUUCAGAGUGCAAACAAGGCUCUAUCAGUUGGAUAAUGUGUAUCUAUUAUUGAAAAUGACUGAGAUUUCUAUUGGAUUCACAUAUCUUUAUUAAUGACAGAACAGUGUAUUUAUUAGAGUGAAAGGUAAUUAAAAAAAAAAGAAAAUGAUAGUUCGGUUCUAGAGUCCUAGUGAAUGACAUCGCAUGGAGGGAAAUUAGCAGAGCAUCUCUGAGGAAGUUGAAGAGCCAUGGAGC